CCCGACGAGAUUUGAAACGAUCGGAGCGCCCACUAGUGUAGCUAAGUAAAAGUUGUUUUACCUGAAUAGUUAAACUGCCAAAGGCAAGGUCACAUGUCUUUGAGGGAUUCCAAAUUACAUUACAUAAAUUAAUUUAAUUAUAAUUGCUGUACAUUUCUAAACCUUCUCUUUAUCUUCAACAGCAAAUAAUUUGGAAUUUUCUAAUGACACUCACAAAAUUGUAAAGGGGCAAUACCGGAUUUACCACCCGAACUGAAGGUUACUAGUAAUGAAGAAAUUAAAAACAAUUAGGUAACGAGUUUUCAUCCGCCCAUUUAAAGAAAUUAUGGUAUACCUACCUAACCCUUUAAUGGAAAUUUAAUCCAACGGUAAUUAUUUAUAUUGAUGCAUUACUAUUUUUCUCUGCUAAUUUCAUAUUUAAAACCACUUUCAUCAGUGACUUACACUCAUUAUUUAGUGCGCUAAUUUGUUUGUUUUAAAAUUUUUUAAUAUGCCGAAGUGUAUGGGGAGUUUGUCACGAAGUUUAAAAAGUCGAAAAUCCGCAAUGAAGAAAUUGUCGCAAAGGAGAUGGAAUUCUAUAAUGCCCAAAAUGGACCAAGUAGUCCCCACAACAGUGCCUCUUUGCAGUUCAAAUGAUGUUGAUAACAAUUCUUCUGAUAAAACUGGGCCACCUGAUUAUUUAAGCAAAGGUGAAGAAGAAGCAGUUGUUAGUACUAGUUGUUAUAAUAGUGAUUCUGAUACGGAGUUGGACGAACUAGUCCUUGAACUUGAACCUGAACCAAUAGCGUCCUGUAGUUAUGACAAUAUAGAUAGCAACUUUGUCAAUGCAACUGAUCCAUUUCACAAUUUCAACAAAGAUGACGAGGAAGUAAUUACUACCAUUAGCGGCGAUUCUAGUGACGGCACUGAUAUCUCCAAUGAGACAGAUCUGGAUGUUAUCAAACCAAAAAAAAGUAAUUGCUUAGUAAGGCGGCGCAUAAUUGAAAUAAAAUAUUUUCUGGACGAAUUAAGAUCUUUGAAACACAAAGGGUUUGACUGUUCUUUUUUUGAUAUGGAGGUUUUAUCCGAAAAAAUUGAAGGAUUUCAAAGUAAAAUAUCAUUUAAAUGCAACGUUUGUAAUAUUGUCCAAAUUGUUAAUACAGAAAAUCCGAAUAAGAAGGAUUUUCCAACAAAUUGUGCCGUUGUCGCUGGAGCAAUAUCAAUUGGGGUUGGAUAUUCUCAAAUAAACGAGUUUGUAUCAUGUUUAAACAUUCCAAAUAUGUCCAAUGCAACAUAUUUACGCUAUCACUCUAAUUUGAGUAAAAAUAUACACGACGAAAACAUUAAACUAAUGAAUACCGCUGCCCAAGAGGAAAGAAGGUUGGCUGUUGAAUCUGGCCACGUAUCUGAACAAGGUGUUCCUAUAAUUCCAGUGAUUGUGGAUGGCGCAUGGAGUAAACGUUCCUAUCGUACAAACUACAAUGCUUUAUCUGGAGUUGCCUGUAUAAUUGGAGCGAAAACUAAGAAAAUUCUUUACAUGGGGGUUAAAAAUAAAUACUGUUUCGUCUGUACUAGGGCAAGUACUCCAGUAGAACAUUCUUGUUUCAAAAAUUGGGAUAGAAGUUCCACGGCAAUGGAAGCUGAAAUAAUCGCCGAAGGGUUUCAAUCAUCUAUUAAAAGUCAUAAUUUGAUCUAUGGCAAAAUUAUUGGGGAUGGGGACAGCACUGUAUAUAAAAAAGUUGUUGAGGUAUCCCCAUAUGGACCAACUUUUGUUGUAGAGAAAAUUGAAUGCCGAAAUCACCUCAUUAGGAAUUACAUAAAUAAAAUUUCAGAAUUGUCCAAAGAUACCAAAUUCCCCAUUCAUCUCAGGAGAAUAGUAACUAAUACAGAUGUUUUGGGUCGCUUCCGAAACGCGAUAACGAAAGCUAUUGCCUUUAGAAAACAGGGUCCUGAUGCUGAAAAUACAAAAGUCGCUCUUUUAAAAAAAGAUAUUGAAAAUGGGCCAAAUCAUAUAUUUGGGGACCACUCUAAUUGCGACGGUUACUUCUGUUCUGGAAAUAAAGAUCAGGAAAAUUUAGUACCUACAUUAAAAUUGUCUGGUAUUUUUGAACCAAUUGUCACUGCAAAUCGUAGACUAGCAAAUAAUGCUGCUAGUUUGUUACAAGAUGUAGACACAAAUGCAGCCGAAAGCUACAAUUCCGUCGUUGCCAAAUUUGUCGGUGGGAAGCGGAUCAAUUAUUCCUUAAAAAACUCUUACCAGACUAGAUGUGAGGCGGCUUCGAUUUCAUACAACACUGGUGGUGGUUUUCUUGCAAAAGUUCAAGAAAGAAUGUGUGGUACUAUUGAUCAUUAUACCCGUAUAUUUCACGAGCGGAAGAUGCGAAUGUUACAUGUAAAUAGAAAAAAAGCACCGAAAAGAAAACAUUUUGCUACAGCAGACAGUCAUUAUGGGCCUAGCGCAAACCAACCAGAGGAGGACAUGGGCUCAGAAUUGUAUAAAAAAAAACGUCAAGAGUUCCUAGAAGUUUUACGAUGUGCGGACAAGAAAAAGAUUUGUAUGGAAACGGCAUCGCAAUCAAAGUCCAACCUUUGGUAUCAAGAGCGCAAAAAACGAAUUACCGCUUCAAAUUUUGGCAGAGUUUGUAAACUACGCAAAACAACUUCCACCGCUAAGCUAGUUUCACAGUUGCUUUACACUACAUUUGCCGGUAACAGUAGUACAACAUUUGGUUUGGAAAAUGAAGAAACGGCAAUUAAAUUAUUUCAAAAUGCUCAUAACGUCAGUGUAACGCAAAGUGGUUUGGUAAUUGAUGAUGAAUUACCAUAUUUGGCUUGCUCCCCGGAUGGAUUAGUGGGUAACAAUUGUAUAAUAGAAAUCAAAUGUUCACCAAAAAGUGGGCCCUUAUCUCCAUUGGAAGGCGCAAAACAAAAAAAAAUUGAUUUUUGUGUAAUUGAAAAUGGCAAACUUACACUCAAACGAAGUCAUAAUUACUAUUACCAAAUACAAGGCGCAUUGCAUAUUUGUAAAAAACAACUGUGUUAUUUUAUAAUAUAUACAUUAGGAGGAUUACAUGUGGAAACCAUUGAACGCGAUGACGAUUUUUGGGAAACGAAGAUGAAAGAAAAAUUGGCCGACUUUUAUUUUAAUUCGUUACUGCCAGAAAUUAUCGAUCCUAGGAGAUGCCGCCAACUUCAAUUGCGAGAUAUUUAUAGCAAAAUCUAAUAGCUUUUUUUAUUGUCAUUGUUGUCAUUUUAAUAAAACAUAUACAAUUUUAA